UAAAGAUCGAAGAUAGUUUUUGAGGAAAGAUACAAUUGUUAAAUAAUUUGAGAUAACAAGACCUUAAUACUAAGUUGGAUAAAUCCACCUUGCUUUAUACGAAUUUUGAUUAAAAAUUGAUUACCCAAUGAUAAGAAAAAGAGUAUUUGUGAUAAAAACGACAGUGAUAACGUCAUAUCGAUUAAACAAAAAUUUAUAAAAACAGUAAUUCUAAUAUUAGUUGAAUGAAUAAAACAUCUACAAAGGAAAAAUUAGCUGAUGUAUAAACAGUAGAAUAAGAAUUAAAGCGUAAAAUGUUUAAAAGUGCAAGAAGAGAAUUAUUAAAAAGAGUAUUACCAUUUCAUAAUCGAAAUAUGUGGCAAUGGGUCGAUGAUAGUUUUAAUAGAGUGGACGCAGAUCGCAUAAAAGAGAUGGGAUCAAACAUGGCGUGUGCUGAAUGGUUAAUGAAAAACGGUGCACAAGUUCGAUGGAAAGAUUCCAAAAACUUUAUUAAACAUUAUGAUUGCUUGGUUAAACUUUCAAGUGGUCCCACAACACAACUCAAAAUUGAUGAAGUUUAUGCUGGAAAGGAAGCAUCUAUUUCACAUUUAGGUUUUGAUUACUUUAAAAACUGUAAAGAUAUUUCUACAGUAUCAUUUAUUGGGUGUAAUUCAGUUGAAAAUGAAGCAAUUAAAAAAUUAAUUAUAUUGAAAGAUUGUUUGGAAUAUUUGAAAAUUAUUGGAUGUGUUAAUGUAACAGAUAGUGGAAUUCUGUCAUUGGAACAACUUUAUCGUUUGAAAUAUUUGGAACUGAAAAACUUACAAUUUUUUACUGACAGGAAAGUUAUAGAUCUUCUCAAAACUGCAUUACCUACUUGUCAAAUCAUUAAUGAUUAAGAUUUUGUUUAGGAAUAAGUUAAUAAAAUAAUAUUAUAUUGGAAUUAUAAAAUUUAAAUUUUCAUUUAUUUUAUUUAAAUAUGUAACUGUUGAAUAAAUAAUCAAAAUUA